CUCCCAAUGUCCUCCCAGUGUAUUAAGGAGGUUCGGACCAGUAACAUUCCAGUCACACCUCUUCCGUGCCUCCAGCCUGGGGCACUGGGCCUUGGGGGGCCACCAGUGACACACCAGUAACAUCCCAGUUGUGAUCCCUACUGCUUUGGGCUGGAAGGCACCUUCAGAGGUCAUCUCCUCCACCUUCCUGCUCUGCAGGGAGGGUGUUGGUGCUCCUGGUGUGGAAGACUGGGCUUGGCCAGGUCGGAGCAGCUGCCCUGGCCUGGAGCCCAUGGUCCCUGUGGAUCCCAGAGGAUUCCAGAGCUGGGGAGAACCCAACACAACACUGCUGACCUCCCGUGCACCCACAGAGUUGGAGUCUGCAGCCUCCCCAAACUCCAGGAGAAAAGUUUGACAUCAGUGAGGAACGCAGGAGGUUUAGGAUUUGCUCAGCUCAUCUCGACUAUCAGAAAAUGCAUCAGGGUGACAGACCCCAGAAAUGUCCUGACUGCAAGAGACGGUUUAGCGACAGCUCGGAUCUGGUCCAACUGUGACACCAUCACACAGGCACCAUGUCCUACACCUGCCCUGACUGCGGGAAAGGUUUUAGCAGGAGAUCAGGUUUUACCUUGCAUCAACGGAUCCAUACGGGUGAGAAACCCUUUAAAUGUUCUGAGUGUGGGAAGCGGUUUACCCAUAGUUCCAGUUUAUCACAGCAUCGCCGCAUCCACACGGGAGAGAGACCCUAUAAGUGUCUGGAGUGUGGGAAGGAGUUUACCCAGAGUUCCCAUUUAUCACGGCAUCACCGCAUGCACACGGGAGAGAGACCCUAUAAGUGUCUGGAGUGUGGGAAGGAGUUUACCCAUAGCUCUGCAUUAUCACACCAUCACCGCAUCCAUACUGGAGAGAAGUUGUAUCCCUGCACUCACUGUGGGAAAGCCUUCAACAACAGCACCUCUUGGAUUAAUCACCAACAUGUCCACACUGAGGAAAAACCCUUCACGUGUCCCCAGUGUGGGAAGGGCUUUACAACAAGGCCAAAUCUCACCCGACACCUACGGAUCCAUACGGGUGAACGUCCUUUCACCUGUCCUCAGUGUGGGAAGGGCUUCACAUCAAGCUCAAAUCUCACCCAACACCUACGGAUCCAUACGGGUGAACGUCCCUACAAGUGUCCCGACUGUGGGAAGAGCUUCUGUGAUCGCUCCAAUUUGAAAACUCAUCAACGCGUCCACAUUAAAGGACGCGAAUUAAAACAUUAA